CAGUCACAUGACCUCCGAGUUUCUUCUACAACACCUUCAACGUUUCAUCAAACAUUCAAACCAAAUCAAGCAAACCCAUUCGCUGCUGAUCACCGGCGGCCACCUCCUCAACAACCGGCAAAGCCAAAACACUUCUUCAAAAUGGAAGGCAACGCUUCUUUACAACACCUUAAUAAGAGCCUAUCUCCACAUAAUCCCACAUCUUUCCCUUACACUCUUCACCCUCAUGCUCGGUUAUCAAACACCCCCCAAUGCCCACACUUUCACUUCUCUUUUCAAAGCCGCCUCUUCGUCUCUCUCCUUAGCCACACUCACUUGCUCACCCCUCCAUGCCCAAGCACUGAACCGUGGCGUAUUGGCUGAUCCGUUCGUGCAAUCAUCGUUGCUCGGUGUGUAUGCUAGACUCGGUGGUUUGUGCAAUGCGUGUAAAGUGUUCGAUGAAAUGCUUAGCCCGUGCAUUGUCGCGUGUAAUGCGAUGCUCGAUGCUUUUGGGAGGAAUGGUGAGAUGGGUUCUGCCCUUUUCCUCUUUAACUGCAUGAUUGAAAAGGAUGUGGUGUCUUGGACAAGUGUUAUGAAUGGUUUUCUAAGGAGUAAACAGUUUGCAAAGGGGAUUUGGGUUUUUGAGAAAAUGAUGGAUUUUUCAGUGAGGCCUAAUGAGGCUACUUACGUUAACGUGUUCUCUUGUUGUGCUAAUUUAGAAGAACGAAGUGGGUUUUACCUAGGGAGACAGAUACAUGGGUAUAUUUUCAGAAAUGAAGUUGCUAUGACCAUUUUCAUGGGGACAGCAUUGAUUGAUUUUUAUGGAAAGAAAGGCCAUUUAGAGAUUGCUUUAGGAGUAUUUAAUCAAAUGUUGGUUAGAAAGGUUUGUACUUGGAAUGCAAUGAUCUCUUCACUUGCAUGUAAUGGAAGAGAAAAGGAGGCAUUGGACUUGUUUGAGAAGAUGAAAGUGGAUGGAGUGUAUCCGAAUGAGGUUACAUUCGUUGCUGUUCUUACGGCAUGUGCUCGUACCAAGAGAGUCCAGUCCGGCUCGGAACUCUUUCGAUCGAUGCAGUGUCGAUAUGGCAUUGUGCCGAUAAUGGAACACUAUGGGUGUAUGGUAGAUCUUUUAGGCAGAGCAGGGCUUUUAACUCAAGCAACCGAGUUACUGAACACUAUGCCAUUUCAGCCCGAAGCAUCGGUGUUGGGUGCGCUUUUAGGCGCUUGUAAGAUUCACGGUGCCUUCGAACUCGGAAAUGAAGUUGGGAGAAGGUUGCUUGAGUUGCAGCCACGACAUUGUGGUCUCUAUGUAGCAUUAUCUACCAUAAAUGCUGAUAAGGAGAGAUGGGAUCGUGCAGCUGAUUUGAGGAAAUCGAUGGUAGAAGCAGGUAUUAAGAAAGCUCCAGCUUAUAGCUUCAUUGAUUCCUUGUGAGUAUUCAUGGUCAAUACUAAUUAAAAUAUUAGAGAAUUCAUUCUUUAAUUUUAACUUUGGAUUGAACAAUCAAAUAUUCCCCAAGAAAAAGAGUUAUCACUCUUAUCCGAAUAGAAAUCUACUAUGAAGAUGCAAGCAAAUCAGUAUGAUGAGAUUUACAUAUGAAAUACAAAUGAAACUCAUGCUUGCUUGGCUUCUUUUUAGCCUUACUAGAAUGAAUAUUAUUGAAAUUUUGUUUGACA